AUGCGUGCAGAGGCAGGUUUUGCUAUCAUCUUCAUUGUCAACAACAUCCCCAAGCAUCCCAUGGCCACCGACGAUGACAUCCACUCCGUGGAGGUGGAUGCCGAUGAGGCACCGUCAUAUGAGCUGGCCACGCGCGACCCGGAGAAGCUGCAUAGUGUCAUCAAGGGACUAAAACGAGACCUCGAUGCCAUGCGCGGUGAGAAUGUGGGGUUGCGAGGACAAAUUCAGGCAUAUGAGAACAUCAUUACAAGGCUUGGAACCGGGCGACCGGAUGCUGCGCUGACCACAUCUCCAUUGGGCUCCACACCGCAGGCCCAGGAUCCGACAAGCCCGCUCAACCUGGACUUCAACGCGUUUCUUACUCGAGCUCGCACAACAUUCCACACCUCCAAGACUGGGCCAGACACGUUAUCUGGUGGCCUGCUCUUCGAGGGUCCUCUUGAACUCGAGGAGGCCGAGUUCUCGCUGGUCUCAUCCUGGCAUUCUUUGGAGUUCCACAACAAGAAGAAGGAGAGGAGGGCCGCUGCUGCUGCUCUUGGCAGACCCGUCAACCCGACUGACGACUCGGAGGGAGCAGCACCAGCACCAGCACCAGCACCGGGCCGUCUUCGAGGGAAUCGCCAACUCCGCGAGGGGGUCAACCAUACACACGAGGACCUUCAGACGAAGGACGGCACACCUAUCGAUGGCCGCGCAGUCGAGGCCAUACUCAAGAUGGCGAAGGAGGCUUUCAGGUUUAUUGGUAAGCUACGUCAGCCUGCAUACACAUGGACAAAACUCCCUAUCGAGGACCGGAACUGGUGGAUCGAGACCAUGGAGCGCCUCUACCCUGUUCUCCGCCUGUGUUACAGCCACUGGAAGGCAAAGGCAAUCGCGAUGCAGGUCUAUCCUUCCCUCAAGUCGGAGUGGAUCACCAUGGGAUGGCUUGCUUCAGAGCCAGAGUCAGGUCGCUCGUCAAAGCGGGCGAAAACGACGUCAUUAGUGCCUGCCCAUGUUUCCGAGCAUUCGGACGGACACGAAUCAACUCCCAUCUGUUCCUCUGACGGAACCAAUGACACAACCCCUUCAAAUCAGGACGCUCCUCGUCGUGCAAGGCAGUAUGACGACCCCUUCGCAAGGCCGGCCAAUGGCACGGACAUACCACCGGAAUCCUCACCCGACUCAGCAACCGCUCACUCUCGCACUACCACCGGCGCCGCCACCGAAAUCACAGAGGCGUCGACUGCCUCAGCCUCGAACACAGCCAACGCGACUGAACACGCCGAGGGCGUCUCCCCGACUGCACCCCCAUUGUCUACCUCCGGUCCCACGAACACAAGCGAGCUCGCCGUAUCUACUUCAGGCAGCGCUCGGGCCACCAUGGCCUCGACGAAUCCUACAAGGGGGCGCUUGAUGCACGAGCCACCUGUGAUAGUCAGUGGCAGGAGCCUGUGGGGUGCUAAACGGUGGUGGCGAACACACGGCGGUGAGCCGCAUGCAACAUGGGGUCAUUUCCUUAACUGCUGGGGUGCGCUCACGAAGGACGAAAAGGAGACCUGGAACAAGAGCUGUAGCCUCUUCAAGAAGGGCAAAUGGACCGAUCCCGAACCCACGCCUCCUCCUAGCGACAGCCCGAACAUUUGA